UCUGUUUCCAAKAUGGCGGCACGUCGGCUUCUUUCUCGAUGUGCAAGCCUAUGGAGGGCAAAACUUGUUAGUAAACCUCUUUUAGUCCGCCAACARAGCAUAUUUACUAAAGUUAGAGAACCUCCAAAUGGAUUCCUUUUUAAUGAAAAGCCUCGUAAACCAGGCGAAAAAAGACCGUGGGAAGAAUGGGAGGCUAUCUGGUACAGAUGGUGGAUAAUAAUGUUUGUCCUUGGUGGAGUUCUGUUUUACUAUAAACCYGAUACCAGGCCCCAGACUUGGGCAAGACAAGAAGCGUUACGUCAGAUAGCAGAGGAAGAAUCUGAAGAAUUGGAAGAGUGAAAGACUACAUAGUCAAUUGGAGUKAUUUUAGACUCUUUUUGUUAAUUAUAUGAAACAAUGUUAUUGACCUUGUAAAUAAAGCAAAAAAUUGGAAAAUUU